AUGACACACUUGGUCCCAAAGCCACCAAAGCCCGAGCUCCUCCUGGAAUUCAACUCUAGAUUUUCAAAUUCAUCAACAGCCAAAAUUGAAGGAGUAAUAGAUAGUACAACAGCCAACGAUAUCAUUAAUCAAAACGACGUCCAAUUCCCUUCUGCUCAUCGUGUGAAUGUUGGCGGAAGUAUCGUCAACAUCAAAGAGUUUUUUUGGGUUGCUGCCAAGGCGUUUGCUUACAUGAACAUCAACAAGACAUUCGUCAACAAGUUACUUUUACUCAAAAAGACUUAUAAUCACUAUGUACAUUAUUGGUAUGGUCAGAAGUACAGACGAGAAGUGAAAGAGGAAGGUAUCAAUCAGGCAACUGAAGAGAGGAGAAAUGCUUUGGCACGUAGAAAAAGACUUCAGAAAGCUCGAUCUAAACACGCAAAAGAUCACAACUUCUCACCUAGAUACCAGCGUAUCCUGAGUAAGCCUGAGGCUCAUAGCAAUGACGAGUGGUCACCUAAGUUACAAGCCUACAUAGCCAACACUCCUGAAUAUCGCUCUGUUAAAGCUGGGCUCUUUAUACGAAGGGUAGACGAUCACACAUGA